CCCGUAUUGGUGUAGACCAGAGCUUGGCUAUUGUCUUGGCCACCGGGAUUAAUUAUCUGUAUCUGGAAGUGCAUAUGUAUCACCUGUUGAUCAUAGAGGUGCAGUAAAGAUGUGCUUUGGGCUAUAUAAAAACUACCCCAUUAAGACAGAGCUAAAUGCAUGGCUUGAUGAGACAGUUGUAUUACUCUGAGUUUAAGGUAAGGUUCUCAGUGCCGGGUUGGCUGCCCUCAGAGGUGUAUUUAUAUAAGGAUGAUGCUCUCUCGCCAAGGAUAUUUUAUACCCAGACACCUUACCUUACCUGUAUUCUACUCUCCUACCAGUACCAUCAACCUAAGUCUCUCCAUCGCAUUAUCCUGCUAUCCGAAACCACCAUUUCAUCAAAGCUCGUCAAGUUUUAUCUUUACGCAAUGGGAUUCAGGUUUUUAGUUCGCAAGAAAAAGAAUGACACAAGCAAGCCAGACGGUAAACAGAUAGAUUUAACUUCCAAAAGCACGGCUGUGCUCUCCACAAACCACCCAUCCAGUAAAGAUAAACAGUCAACCCAUAAAGUAGUCAGCUCUGAAAUGUCGUCAACACGCAAAGCAGUCAGUUCUGCAGUACCACUUCCGUCAGGCUCGGCCCAUCCCUAUGCAUCGCUACUCACCUCAUCUCACGAUACUGCGCCAACGGUACGGGUGCAACAUGGCUCUCCGCAAGUUCCAUCCCUCACAGGUCUUGCCACUUCCGUGAGAAUGACUUCUGAUGGAUCAUACACGAAUACCCCCUUGCUCCAGCUUCCAGAACCCGAGCUCCUGGAUAACGAAGAUCCAUGCCCCGUAGUCCCACAAUCCCCCAAAGAAACAUACCCCUUUCCUUUCAAAGUAGUCCGGGUUAGCCCGUCUACUCAGAAGAGUUACUGCUCUGUCCAAGAUUCUCGUCACUCCCAAACCUUCUCAUCCCGUUCUAGUAUCUCGUCGGCCUCAACUGUUUCGUUGUAUGAUAAAUAUUCCGCGGGCUCACCAGCUCCUUUUUGUACGCAUAAACACAGGCAGAUGAACUCGUCUGAAGAGAGUGAAACCAACGCGCUUAACCACGAGAUUACCUUUAAGGUGACACCGCAGCGCAAACCACCUAGCACGAACCAGAAGACGACAUGCCUCCAGAACUUACAGAUUACUAUACCUAGCAAGGAGUCAUACCAAUUUCCAGAAAAAACUUACCCCAAGUAUCUGAUGGAUGAUACGGUCGAUACCAUCGACACAAUAGAGUUGGAUAGAAGCUUUUUGCGGACACCAGACACAAGCAGCGCUCGGGUUUAUCAGACUGAGACAAACCAUUUCCACAUUGUUACACGGCCCAGGGAAGCAAAGCGUGGUUCCAACCUUUCGCUUUUGACCGAUGGCAAACCAACCACAGAUCUAACCCCAACCGAAAAGUUUGAAAGAAUCAGAAGUCUGUACUACCACCAAAAGUUCCUGUCGCAAGCAGACAAGAUUCAGUGCAACGUCCGGCCUACCAGGAAGGUUGUGAGAAUUUUAAAAUCAGAAACCUCGUUGCACUUUUCCAAGUUGGUUGGUCCGUCUUCACCAAGGUACGAUAACUUUGCAUCUUCAGAAUCUUUAGUUGUUUAGGGCUUCGAAAGCGCCAAUUCUUCCUAGCACAGCAUUAUUUUUUAAUACGAAUCUCCGAGUUUAA